GCUGAAGGUACUGGAUUCUUAGGUCAUGGCCAAAUCGGGCAAUUUGAAGUGCGUGGUGAUCGGCGCAGGCCCCGUGGGUGCACUGGCGGGCCUCUAUGCUGCCAGACGAGGGUGGCAAGUGGAAGUGUAUGAUCUGAGGCCUGAUCUGCGAGAUGCAUCAACCACACCUCUCAACUUCACAAAAAGCAUCAAUCUGGCUCUGUCGGAGCGAGGCAUCAAUGCCUUACGGCAGUCCGAUUCUCCCGAGCUUCUCGAGGCCAUCAUGAACGCGACCAUACCCAUGUACGGACGCAUGAUCCAUGGCAAGGACUCCAGUGGCAGUUGGACUGAAGUUGCCCAACCCUACGAUGUGAACGGGCGCGCCAUCAAUGCCGUAGAUCGAGGUGAUCUCAAUACACGCUUGUUGGAUGAACUCGAAGACAUGCCCAACGUUAAGCUGCGUUUUGGGCACAAGAUCACUGGGGUUGACUUUCGGCGACGAUUGGCUUGGCUAGAACAGAAGGGCACCUCCAGACGACCGAGCGAGAACACUCGGUUCAGUGGACGACCUGGACGACCCGAGGAGAUUGAGAUCGACUUCGAUCUGAUUCUAGGCUGUGAUGGUGCCCACAGCAGUGUGCGUUUUCACAUGAUGAAGUUCGUGCGGCUUGACUUCCAGCAAACUUAUAUCGAUACGCUGUGGUGUGAGUUCCAGAUACCUCCAGCAAAGGCAGGGAGUUGCAAGACCGCAUCUGCAAAGGAUGGGUUUCGCACAAGUCCAAACCACCUACAUAUAUGGCCUGGCGCGGACAAAAUGUUCAUUGCGAUACCCAGCAUUGACAAGACCUUUACCUCGACCCUCUUCGCUCCGGCGGGCGACUUUGAGGCCCUCGAAGCAGAACCAGAGUCAGUUGAGCUCUACUUCAAGAAGCAUUUCCCUGGUGCUGUUGAUCUCAUCGGACCAGAGUUGAUGCGCGAGCAGUUCACGGAGAAUCCACAUUUGCCGCUAGUCAACAUCAAGUGCUCACCACACUAUUUCGAGGACUGUGGUGUAGUCCUAGGCGAUGCGGCACAUGCAAUGGUCCCCUUCUACGGCCAGGGCAUGAAUGCGGGAUUGGAAGAUGUUCGCGUGCUGUUCUCACAUCUGGACUCCAAUCCUGCAACAAGGGAAGGCCGUGCUCGAGCACUGAAAGAGUACAAUAGCGAACGCAUUGCGGAUGCACAUGCAAUCAAUGACCUCUCCAUGGCAAAUUUUUACGACAUGCGAGCGGGGACUACCUCGACCAUCGUCCAAUUGCGCAAGAAGAUCGAAGAGUUCUUGUCGGACAAGCUUCCAAGCACCGGUUUCGCCACGCAGUACAGCAGAGUGAGCUUUAGUAAUCAACGCUAUUCCGAGGUGAUCAAGGCCGUCAACAAACAGAAGAAGGUUCUCAUUGAAGGCAUGGCAGUCACGACGGUAUUGCCCGUUCUCGGCCUUACCGCUUGGUUGACAAUGCGUUGGUACCAUGGAAAGUCUGAUGUAUUCGCUGGAUUUAGAUUGGUCGGCGAGACGAUUCGUCACAUGCUCGUGAAACAAUAGAUUUUGCUGCAUACCGACUUUAUGUCUUUUUAUUCCUCAGCGUUCCGGCCGGCCAAGGCCGCAAAAAUUCGAUAUCACUAUGGUGUCUCCGUACAGAGCCGCACGUUCACAGUGCGGUAUCCUGAUGCACUCCUACACGCUGGGUGAUAACGCUAUACGCUCAGGACCGCGAGAUGGGCUGCACUCCCAGCAAGUCGACAGCUCACGCCCUCGACAGGAGAACUGGAGACCGACAUGCAUUUGAGUCAGAAGAAGAAGAAGAAGCGGACCUAUCAGAACUUGAGGUCCUGUCCCGCAAGCGCAAGACCUCUCUCGCCAUACCUUUUCGUGCCAAAGGACCUUCUGUCGCUCAGAAAAGCCUCGAAGAGAUCUUGCCAGCAGCGGACGACCAGAUAAGCAAGCGGGGAAAGGACAUCAGACCUGUGGGAUGGGGUUUCUGGAAGACUAAAAAAGACAGGCAGGAAUUCAUACGCGCUGCGUUGAUCGUUCUCUCCGGGAAUGGCUUCCGUACCAUCUCAGGCUAUCGAGUCGAAAUGUUCUUCCCUCGCUGCGGCAUGGAGCUGCUGGCCUACCGCGCCGCCCUAGCAGUCAUGGCCGACAGUGACGUGGUCAUUUACAGCUUCAUGGGCCGUCAGUUCGGAGUAGAUCGAAAGUCUGCAUUCCAAGAACUCAUAUUAGAUGUGGAAGCAAUGCUCGAACAUCAUCUCCACAAUGGAAACACUCAUAUCAGUAGGCAUGGAAUUGGAGGUGGCCAGAGAGAACUAGAACAACAGUUGAGGAAUCGCGCGAUCCGAAGGGGCGUCGAGGAGAUGAUUGACCCUUCAGAAGCGGCACAUGCUAUGAACGGGCUUGUGGAGCCGUAUUUGUUCAACCGAAACCACAAUCAUGGUGGGUUUGUGAUGGGUGAAGUAGGGAUUCCCGAUGCUGCCGCAGCACCCAGUCCCCAUCCGACGACAGGUGGUGCUGGAGCGGUUCCUUAUGGUGACUGGAUGCGACCUCAUAAUGCCGCAGCUCCACCUCAGAGGGCACGCCAAAUGUGGCCCCGGUCUAUGCCACUGGAACGUCAGACUCUGUCGAAUAUGGCCGGUUUGACGAGGAGGGAAAGCUACCCGAAUCACGCUUCUGGAAACAUCGAGGCAGGAAGCAGCUUUGGUGCACACGCGCACGACAGAACCCAUUCCAUGCCCGCGUCGCGCUCGGGGCCCAGCAAUACUAUGCCUGCUGCACCUCCUCUGGCCUCGUUGUCGGACGCAUCAACGGGCUACAUGUACCUUUCCACUCCCGCUUCUGACGUCCGACAGGAUGCGACGUCAGCUUCUUCGGGACCUUCUCAAUCCGCUGCACUACACCAGCUCUUCCAAUCCGGACCUAUCCCCGCCAUGCCAGACGUGCCGAACCACGCUUUGGGUGAAGUCUCUGAUAGCACCAGUAUCUCGCCGCUGGAAAGUGCUCGAUCGCCUCUUGUUGCUUCCGCCACUAAUGUUCCCAUGGUCGAGGAGCCUCAGCCUGUGACGAAGACAAGCGGUUCCACAGGGAAGGCCAGGACCAAGAAUCAGCUCUCCAAUGAUAAGGGAAAGAGGAGCAUGAUUCGCAACAUGAGGGCGAGGCCGAGCACUCAGAUGCAAUACUUUGGUUUAGACAAGUUGGAAGAGGAUGCGGAGAAUUCGGAAGAGGGGAAGUUGUUCGCAUAGUCGGUGGAAAUGUGCAGAAGUGCAGCAAGGCGCGGAUACACUGAUGAGGAC